ACCAGCCCCAAUAGCCUCCUCAACUUCCACCUCACCUCCCGGGAGAGCCACGCCUACCCCCUCCAACACAACCACCUCGCCUCCAACCGGCUCAACCUCCAACACUUCCUCUGGCGCGAAGUCUUCAACUUCACCAUCCACCCCUCGAUCCACCUCCCUUCCACCCCACCCCCAUCCAUCGCCGACAUAGCCACCGGCACGGCCCUCUGGCUCCUCGACGUGUCCCGCCUCCACCCAAGCAGCCCCCUCACGGGCCUCGACAUAACCCUCACCCUCGCCCCGGCCCCCUCCUCCCUCCCCCGCAACAUCACCCUGCAACCCUGGGACCUCUUCACCCCCAUCCCGCCCUCCCUCUCCAACAACUUCGACCUCAUCCACAUCCGCCUCCUCAUCCUUGUCCUGUCCGGUAUCGACGACACCCUCACCGUCUUACAUCGUCUGCACUCACUCCUCCGACCAGGCGGGUAUAUCCAGUGGGAGGAGAUCGAUGUCGUGAAUAUGGUGGUCAGAAAGGACGACGAGAGUAUGCCGACGCCGGCGCUGGAUGCCCUCCGCGGGGUGUUUUAUGCGGAGGGAAGACAUGAUUGGAUCGUUGAGGUUGGGGGGUUGAGGGGGUGGUUGGAGAGGGUGGGGUUUACGGGGAUCCGGGUCGAGAGGUAUUGUGAGGGGAGGGAGUUGGGGAGGGCGUUUGGCGAUCUGCAUCUGUGGACGGUGGAGGAGGUGGUGGGGAAGUUGGAACGGGAGGGGAAGGGCGAU